UGCACUUCUUCAUAAUUGAAUCAAAGUUCCUUUUGUAUUCUUCAUGUUGUGAAAAACAUUGCCUUCCUGCACCUUAUGGCACUGAGCUUGAAUCCAUUGCGAAAGGGUUUACAAUAUAGAUUCUUGAGCUAUUUCUAUGAUUAUUCAUUAUCUUGUGUUGAUCUGAAUCUGUGCUCUUCAUCAUUGCCUGCAAAAAGUUCUGUUUCUGGUUCUGGGGCUCAAGGUGGUAAACGUGAAAAUCAUAGUUUUAGGUUUCCAGGGCAAUUGCGUGUUACUACCGAUGAUAAUGGUCAGAACUUCAAUUUUGAUAGUAUUGAUACACUGAGUGAUGAUAAAGAGGAAAAAGAUGGUGAUGGAAAAGGUUCUAGUGAUGGUGAUGAUGAGGGUCUUGAGUUUAUGACCUCCUCUAAUAGCAAUGAUAAUUAUGCUUAUGGAGAGAGUAUUGGCAGAGUUGAAAUUGAUGAACAUGAAAUCAGGCAUCCUUUGGUUAAGGAAGUUUGUAGGUUGAUUACAUAUAGGUCAGCUUGGAACCCUACACUUGAAGGAUAUUUGAGGUACUUGUUGAGAAAAUUGAAGCCCCCACAUGUUUGUGCUGUCUUACGCUCUCAAGAAGAUGAACGAAUUGCUUUGAAUUUCUUCUAUUGGGCUGAUCGGCAGUGGCGCUACAAACACGAUGCUAUUGUCUACUAUACAUUGUUAGAUGUGCUUAGCAAGACUAAAUUGUGCCAGGGUGCUAAGCGGAUUCUUAAGCUUAUGUUGCGUCGUGGAAUCAAAUGUUCCUCUAAAGCUUUUGGCUAUGUGAUGGUGUCUUAUAGUCGAGCAGGCAUGUUGAGGCAUGCCAUGCAAGUUUUGACCGUGAUGCAGAAAGCUGGAAUUGAACUUAAUUUAUCUAUAUGUAACAUUGCUAUCUAUGUUUUAGUUAAGGGCAGCAAAUUGGAGAAGGCACUGAGAAUCUUGAAUCGAAUGGAGCUGGUUGGAAUCAAACCUAAUGUUGUCACUUAUAAUUGCUUGAUCAAGGGUUACUGUGAUCUGAAUCGGGUUGAAGAUGCAUUGGAGCUUAUUGUGGAAAUGGCAUCCAAGGGAUGUCCCCCUGACAAGGUUAGUUAUUAUACUGUGAUGGUUUUCCUCUGCAAGGAGAAAAAAAUUGAAGAAGUGAAGCUGUUGAUGGAGAAAAUGGUGGUGAAUAGUGAAUUAAUUCCAGAUCAGGUUACAUAUGAUACACUUAUUCACACGCUAUCCAAGCAUGGACAUGCAGAUGAUGCUUUGGCUUACUUAAGAGAAGCAGAAGACAAGGGCUUCCACAUUGAUAAGGUUGGGUAUAGUGCAGUAGUUAACUCCUUUAGUAAGAAAGGCAAAAUAGACGAGACAAAGAGUUUAGUGAACGAGAUGUACUCGAAGGGUUGUAUUCCUGAUGUUGUGACAUAUACUGCUAUUAUUGAUGGAUUUUGUCGCAUGGGAAAGAUAGAUGAAGCGAAAAAGAUGCUGCAGCAGAUGUACAAACAUGGGUGCAAGCCAAAUACCGUUUCAUACACAGCUUUGUUAAAUGGCCUGUGCCACAAUGGGAAAUCGUUAGAGGCAAGAGAGAUGCUGAAUGUAAGUGAGGAGCAUUGGUGGAUGCCAAAUGCCAUAAGUCACAGUGUUGUGAUGCAUGGUUUUCGUAGGGAAGGAAACUUGUCCGCAGCUUGUGAUUUGGUUAGGAAAAUGGUUGGAAAGGGAUUUUUUCCAACUCCAGUUGAAAUUAACCUGCUAAUACAGUCUCUGUGUCAAAAUCAGGAAGUAGUUAAAGCUAAAAGAUUUUUAGAUGAAUGCCUGAAUAAGGGUUGUGCCAUCAAUGUCGUAAACUUUACUACUGUAAUUCACGGUUUUUGUCAGAUUGGUGACUUGGAAGCUGCUCUAUCAGUGCUAGAAGACAUGUACUUAAUCAACAAACAUCCUGAUGUUGUCACAUUUACAAUAUUGUUUGAUGCAUUGGGGAGGAUAGGUAGAUUGGACGAGGCUGCUGAGUUAAUAACGAAGAUGCUGUGCAAAGGUUUGGAUCCUACUCCGGUAACAUAUAGGACAGUCAUUCACCAUUAUUGUAAAUGGGAGCAAGUGGAUGAUAUGUUGAAACUAUUGGAAAAAAUGCUUGUUAGGAAGCCAUUAAGAACAUUAUACAAUCAAGUAAUUGAAAAGCUUUGUGCUUUUGGGAAACCCGAGGAGGCUGAGAAACUUCUGGGAAAGGUUUUGAGAACAGCAUCAAACCUUGAUGCUAAUACAUGCCAUGUUCUCAUUGAAAGCUAUCUGACUAAAGGGCUUCCUCUAUCAGCAAAUCGAGUGGCUUCUAGAAUGUUCAGUCGUAAUUUGAUUCCUGAUUUGAAGUUGUGUCAGAAAGUGAGCAAGAAACUAAUGUCGGAUGGAAAGUUGGUUGAGGCUGAUAACCUUAUGUUGCAACUUGUCGAGCGUGGAAUACAACAAAAUGAGAUGAAUUUGUGAUGUUAGCUACUACUCCAAACUUAAAGGUUGUGCCCAUGGUGCUAUGUUGUGGUAAAGCCAUUCUUUGUUCUAUGGAAAAUGAUUCUGAUUUUUGAGAAAGCAAAAUUUAUUUAUGUAAUCUUAAAUAUGGUUUAGAUAAUUGUCUUUUUUAUGUUUGGCACAUGUAUUUCUUUUUGGUGGUGAUGAUGAUAGGCAUAUUAUUUUCAUGCUAGUGUUGUGCUUAUAUUUUCAGUUUGAUAACAAGAAAAAAAGAAUUUAAGAGUA